AUGGCUGCCGGAACAUCGAGAUCUCCCGAAGCCAUUUUCUCUUCAUCUUCUUCUCCCCAUUCAAACUGGAUCUACGAUGUCUUCUUGUGCUUCAGAGGUGAGGACACACGCACAAACUUCACCGACCACCUCUACUUCGCUUUGAGAGAUGCUGGAAUCAAAAUCUUUAAAGAUGACAAGGAGCUCCGGAAAGGAGAAGAUCUUGCAUCCGAGUUGUUAUUGACAAUCCAAAGGUCCAGAAUCUCUGUCAUUGUUUUCUCAAGGAAUUAUGCGGCUUCGAGGUGGUGUCUAGAGGAACUUGUAGCGAUCAUGGAGUGCAGACGAAUUGUGACACAAUUGGUUCUGCCUAUAUUCUAUGAUGUAGACCCCUCGGAUGUGAGAAACCAAACAGGUAGUUUUGCAAAAGCAUUCACAAAAUAUGAAGAGCAUUACAUGUUGGACAUGGACAAAGUUCUCAAGUGGAGAAGAGCUCUGCGUGAGGCUGCUAAUUUGUCAGGGUGGAAUCUAAAAAAAACUACAGACGGGCAUGAAGCCAAAUUUAUCAGGAAAAUUGUUGAAGAGAUUUUAAGAAAAUUGAAUAGCACACACUUGUUUAUAGCACUCUACCCAGUUGGAGUAGAUUCUCGUGUGCAAGACAUGGCUUUUUGGUUAAAUGUUGGAGCUGGCAAUAUUCGCAUGGUAGGAAUUUUGGGAAUGGGCGGAAUUGGAAAAACAACAAUUGCUAAAGCCAUUUAUAACCAAUUUUUUCAAGGUUUUGAAGGUAAAAGUUUUCUUGCAAAUGUUAGGGAAACUUCCAAGGAAUCUAGGGGUCAGGUUCUUCUUCAAGAACAACUUCUUUCUGAUAUCUUGAAGACAAGCGAGAUAAAGAUAAAUAGUGUUGAUAGAGGAAUAAGUAUAAUAAAAGAAAGACUUUGUAAUAAAGCAGUGCUUGUGAUACUUGAUGAUGUAGAUCAGAUGGAGCAAUUGAAUGCCUUAGUUAGAAGGCGUGACUGGUUUGGUUCGGGAAGUAGAAUUAUUAUAACAACCAGAGAUGAGCAUUUGUUAAAGGAGCUAGAAGUGGAUAGCGUAUAUACGGUUACACCAAUGAAUGAUAAUGAAUCUCUUGAGCUCUUUAGUUGGCAUGCCUUUCGGAAUUCUUUUCCUACGGAAGAUUACAUUGACUUGUCAAGAAGUGUUGUCGCUUAUUGUGGAGGAUUGCCACUAGCUCUUGAAGUUUUGGGCUCAUUUCUUUUCUCUAGGAGCAUGUUAGAAUGGAAAAGUGCAUUAGAUAAAUUGAAAAGGAUUCCUCAUGAGCAAAUUCAAAAAAAACUUAGAAUAAGCUUCGAUAGACUAAGUGACAAUACCGAAAAGGAUAUAUUCCUUGAUAUAUCUUGUUUCUUCAUCGGAAUGGACAAAGACUAUGUUGUAAAAAUAUUGGAUGGCUGUGGGUUUUUUGCAAAGAUUGGAAUUAAUGUCCUCAUUCAACGGUGUCUUCUUAAAGUUAGUGGGACAAACGAGUUUGCGAUGCAUGAUUUGCUUCGAGACAUGGGAAGAGAAAUUGUUCGUGAAAAACACCCUAAUGAACCUGGAAAAUGGAGUAGAUUAUGGAGGCAUGAGGAUGCAUUUGAUAUAUUGACAAAGAACGAGGGAACGAAAUCAAUUGAAGGGCUUACAUUAGAAUUGCCAAGUUUAAAUAAGGUGUCUUUCAAUUCAAGAGCAUUUAUAAAGAUGCAAAGAUUGAGAUUACUCAAAGUUGAUAAUGUACGACUCACCGGAGACCACAAAUAUCUUUCAAAAGAAUUAAGGUGGCUUUGUUGGCGUGGAUUCCCUCUAAAGUUUAUGCCAAACAACUUUUAUCUGAGAAAUCUAGUUGCGAUUGACUUGCAAUAUAGCAAUCUUAAAAGAGUUUGGAAAGUUCCCAAGUUACUUGAAAAGAUGAAAAUUCUAAAUCUUAGUCACUCGCAUCAUCUAAGUCAGACCCCUGACUUUUCAAGACUCCCCAAUCUUGAGCAAUUAAUUCUUGAAGAUUGUACGAGUUUGUUUGAGGUUCACCACUCUAUUGGAGAUCUUAGUAAUCUUGUUUUGGUGAAUUUGAAAGAUUGCAAAUGCCUUAAAAGUCUACCGAGGAAUUUUUAUAAGUUGAAGUCUUUAGAAACUCUCAUUCUUUCUGGGUGUUCUAAAUUUGACAAUUUGGCUGACAACUUGGGGGAAAUGGAAUCAUUGAAAACUCUUCAUGCAGACAGAACUGCUAUAAGACGUGUGCCUUUUAGCAUAGUGCAAUUGAAGAACCUCAAGUAUUUAUCUCUAUGUGGGUCUAAAGGAUCACCGUCCAAGUCAUUGCCUUCACUUUUUUGGUCUUGGAUAUCAUUAAGGAAAAGUCCCAAUUCAGUCAAUCUAUUGCCUGUCACACUACAAGGCUUGAACUCACUAACACACUUAUGUCUCAGGGAGUGUAAUUUAUCAGAUGACGUAAUUCCUACAGAUCUUUGGAGUUUAUGUUCUCUCCAAAUUUUAGAUUUAAGAUGCAAUAGUUUUGAAAGCCUACCAUCAAGGCUAGGUGGUCUUUCAAACCUUCAAGAUCUUAGAUUGAACCAUUGCAAAAAGCUUAAAUCGAUUCUAGAUUUACCAUCAAGUUUGAUUUUUCUAGAUGCAAGGAACUGCACAGCGCUGGAUAGAAUGCCAAAUCUAUCAAAGCUCUCAAAUAUGCUUGGUUUGCUCCUUGGUAACUGUCGCAAAUUAGUUGAAAUUCCAGGUCUAGAUAAGAGGUCGAAUCCUAUUAUAUAUUUUGACGCGGGAGGGUGCAGAAAUCUGACAUAUACUUUUAAGAAAAGCUUGCUACAGGUACAUGUUUCUUUUCUCUUAAUUUAA